CACCCUGUAAUUUUUACUUAAACUUGGCCGGUUUAUUACAUAGUAUUUAUUUACUUUCUUGAUUCAUGUGCAUUUUGUGCUUUUCUGCUUUGCCAGAGAAAAUUCCGCGAUGAUGAUGUUCAUGAUACUUUUGUAUUUUUUUUUAUCAUUUUCUGUGAGGGCAGAAUUUUUAGGAAAGUUUGUUAUUUAUAACCAAAAGGAGGGUGAAUAUGCUACUCUUUCAGUUUUGAAUAAACCAAAGUCUGUAACAUUUGCUCCAAAUCCUGGACCAUUACCAUCGGAAGAUGUUUCGAGUUUAAUGGCACUUAUUUUAGGAGUAUCUAUUCCUAAGGAAUUUAGUUGGAAUGGAUUACAAGCUGGUAAUUUUUUUGAUCGACCAAAUGCUGUUUUGAUGAUAAAUGUUGAUGCAGUUCCUCAAGGUAUACAUCUGAAUUUGGGUGCUACUGAAAAGUUUCCUUUAAUAAUGAAUGAAAUGGCAGCAGAAAUGUAUGAGAUUAUUCCUUUAACUCCCCAAGUAACUUUAGCUAGUCAUGUUGAUAAUAUUUUUGAAGGGAAAUCUGUGGUUCGUUCAGUUUCACAUAAUACUCAUAUGUCUAUGACUGGUGCUAGUAAUGGACAAGACUCAUUGACAUCUUUCUGGAAUGAUGCGCAAGAAAGUUGGGUGACAUUAUCUGGCAAAGGUGAUGCUAAAUCAUCAUUAAAUAAGCAUCAAGUGUUAAAAAGAAUUUCCUCUGUACUUCCACCAGAUUUCCAUUAUGAUGAAGUUAAUAUGAUUGUCACAUUGAAUACAAAAGGAUUGCAAGUGUCAUACAACAUGGAUGAUUCUGUUAAUUUCAAUAUUUUCUCUGAAAUCGUUUUUAUCAUGUAUCAAGUUGAAGAGCUCCUUUUAAAUAAAGACUUUGUUAAUGAUGGUGUUCCAGAUGUUUUCACAUUUUCUAUAACAACUUUAAAGGCUUUGCAAAAUAAAUAUGGAGAAGAAUCGACACAAGUUAAAGGUGCUGUUCUGUUGAUUGAACAAAUCAUCCAAAAGGUAUCAUCAUCGUUUAAAAGAAUAUAUAAUGGAAACAUAUUUAUUGCUAGCUUAACCACUGGUUCCGAUGUUAGUGUUUUAAAAGAUCAAAAAGAAAAAAUUGACAAAGUUAUUAGUUCUCUCAAAGUUACUGAUAAUAUCUUAGAUCAGCACAUCCCGGAAAUUCAUAUUAGUGAAAAACUUGAAGAAAAUGCUAAACACAAACUUUGCAAAUCAAUCCAAAAUUUUAUGACACCUAAUGGACUACUAAAGUUUAAAUGUGCAGGUGAAAACUUAGAUAUUUAUCGAAGUAGAAGAACUCUGAGUACAACUCCAGCAAAUGGUGUAGUGGAGGACAAUUGGAACUUAGCAUCUGCCUAUGAUAAAUCUUUUCCUGCAAUCUGGAACAUAUGGUUAUGGUUUGUAAUUGGAUUUACUCUUACAGUUUAUGCUAUUUCAGUAUCAAUGUGGUAUAUGGAUCCUGGAGACAGCAUUAUUUAUCGACUCACACAACAGAGAAUAAAAGUUGAUUGAGCCUAGUUUAUUGAAGAUACUUGAUUGGAAUUUAUCUUUAUCUAUGUUUAAUUGAUUGCAUGUUUUUAUUUUCUUGAUUAAAUUAUUUUACAGAAUAAAUUAAGAAUAGUUAACAAUUUAA